ACAUGUCGCGUUUGAUAUUUUGUAUUCCGCGCACCGUUUUCUACACGACUUUUAGCCCCGUGGCGACUUUUAAAGGCAGCACGUCGGGUGGUGUUGAUUUGUCUAGUCAAUAUGACUUUGUUGGGUGACAAUUGUGAGUGUUAUUGAAUUUUUAUCUAUUUUCACGUUUUUUAAUAAAUAGUUUUAUGCUAAUUGUUUGUGUUAUAUGGUUUUUGGAGUUUUAUGUUGCAAAUUUGGGUUUAGUGGACAACUAAAACUAAAAAGGAAGUACCUAAGAUGUUCCCUGUAAAUAUCAACAAUAUUGUUGUGCUGCAAAGGGAGGAACACUUGGAAGAAAUUCGUCAAUACAAUAUUGCUAGACGGAGGAUGAGGGAUGGAUCCAACCCUUUUGAUUUACGAACUGACAUAUUUAAAAAGUCAUUUAGAUUGAAUAAGGAAAUGGCCCGAUAUGUAUAUAACUCAGUGGCUGAGAAUAUAGAUACAACAGAUAAUAUUGUUGCAGUUCCUCCUAUUUUAAAGUUUUUUGCUACUCUUCACUUCUACGCUACGGGGUCAUAUCAAUAUUCCCUGGGGCAAAAUUUUAAUUUGAGUUUAUCUCAACCAGUUGCAUCUCGAGCAAUACACACAGUAACCAAUGCCAUUGAAGAAAGAUUGGGUCACUUAUGGGUAAAGUUUCCAACAACAGUUGCUGACAAAAUGGAAAUUAAGGGAAGAUUCAUGGAGGCAACAGGUUUCCCUGGAAUUCUGGGUGCCAUAGACUGUACACAUGUGGCUAUAUUGGCGCCUAAUGAAGAAGAACACAAUUAUUUGAACAGGAAAAAUUUCCACUCAAAAAAUGUUCAAUUGAUUUGUGACUAUGAUCUGCGGAUUUUAAAUGUGAACGCGCAAUUCCCUGGAGCUACCCAUGAUGCAUUUAUUUGGAGGAAUUCUUUUGUAAAACAACAUUUGGAAAGAUCAUACAAUCAAGGAGAUCACAAUACAUGGCUGAUUGGGGAUUCUGGAUACCCUCUACAGCCAUGGUUAAUGACCCCUUUUCAUAAUCCAGCCAUAAACACUCCUGAAGGAAGGUUUAAUGAUAUCCAUGCUCGAGCCAGAAAUUGUAUUGAAAGGUGCAAUGGUGUUUUAAAAUCAAGGUUUAGAUGCCUAUUGAGGGAAAGAGUUUUAAGAUAUUCGCCAGAGAAAGUUGGCAAAAUAGUAAAUGCUUGUUCCAUUUUGCACAAUAUCUGCAUUGCUGCAAAUUUAGAGUUAGAUGAGAACAUAGUCAAUGAGGAAGAAAUAAAUAAUGAACGUUUUCAAAAUGAUGCUCAAGAUAAUAUUUUCAGGCAAGGCGAAGCCACCAGGAGGCGUAUUGUAAAUAAUUACUUUAGAAAUAAUUAAAAUUACAUUAUAAAAAUAAUAUCAAUUUAGAAUCAAAUGGCAGAUCUAAAGUAAGAAAUUUAUUUUUUUUUAUCCUAUUAAAUUAACACUCAAAUAACCUUAUAAAACAAAGCAUCUUCUCUAGUCAAUAAAAAACAGUUUUAAAAGUGUCUACAUAUUAUUGCCUACAAACUGAAAGAUAUUAAUUUUAGUUCUGGCAUUUGGUUUUAAAUUUCUUAGAGUUCAUUUUUUUUACUACUUACCUUUUAUAUGAAUUUGUAAAAAAAAUAACUCAAUAGCUGCACACACAAAUUCUUAGAAUUAAUAAUGCAUUUAUGUAUUUUCAUUUGAUGUAUGUAUGUAUAUUUUCUUUAAUUAAAAUAAAUAUUUAAGAUA